CAAAGUUAGAGUUUCACAACUUGCAGCGAAUUUGGGUUCUUUUUAAUUUGUUGCUUUAGUAUUGAAUUAACGUAUGAUCAUUGUGGUUUAUGGUUCGCAUUGGAAUUUAUGUGUUGUUCGUGCUUGAUGAAUUUUCUCCAAAAGAACAAGGGAGACAAUGAGAGGUGUGUAAUAUGAACUCUACCUAAUGCCUUGUUGCUCUACAAAAUGUCCCAUAUGUAUUCUUCUGUACUCUAAUCUUGUUUGUUGUUGUUGGUCAUCCUUAUACUUUCCCCCACUAUUGCAAGGCGAUGUUGAAGCUGUCGAUCCCGGGAAUAAAGCUGUUGCGGAACCGGUGGGAGAUGUAGCUGCUGCGGAACACGAAAGUUUUAAUCAAGGGAAUGGUCCAAGGGUGCAUCACUGGAAUAAGCUCGAGACCACAAGUGUCAUAUCUCCUCUAAUCUUUACUCUCUCAGUUGAAUAUGUUCAUUGCUACAAUGAAGCCGUUUUGUUGUUUGCUGUCCGCCGCCGUAUUCGGGGUCUUCGCCUGCCUCUAUGGGCUCAGGGCGGACAGGGGCCUACAAGAUCUCCUCGGGCCAAGGAAUCGUUCCCCUCCGGCGACCUCCCUCCUCCCUUUCGUCUCAGGCCUUCCACUGUAUCUCCAUCAAAGCGAAGGAUUAGAGGCUACUCCGUUAGGAGGAGAGGAAAGGAAUUGCGAGCCUUGUGUUGGAGAAGUCGAAGACUGAGAGUAUAUGGUGGCUCCAUUGGUGUCCAUGUUAAUGGCUGGCGUGUUCUAGAGCAACUCGGGGUUGUCGUAGAGCUUAGGGAGACUUGCCAGCCUUAGGGAGACUUGCCAACCUUGUCAUCGCGUACCAUGCCAACAGAAUGCUUAGCUUUUACGCACCAGGUGUGUUCUCUUUAGGAUUUGAAAUUGUCUUGUGAUUUCUUUUCAAUGAACAGAAUUUUGAUUUUUUUCAGACUUUUUUUCUGGAUGCUAAGUUGUAUAUAGAGUAGUUUUUAGUGCUCGCAUGUGUGGUUAAUCAUACAACAUAGGUUCUUCAAGCUCAUAUUCUGGAUGCAUGCUAUUGUUACUUUGUUAGCGUGUUCAUAGAUUUUGUGUUCAGUUGUGCAAAUAACCACAUCAUAGCCUU